AUCUUCAAUGAAUAUCAAAACGGAUUUUUCAAAGUUCAUCUUAUCUUAUUUUUAAAUAAUAAAAGACUAAAUUACAUGAAGAAACCAGAUGUUUUAGCAGAGUUUGAAAAAUUCAGUUGUUUAUCAAAUGUUGUCGCAAGAACAUUUCUAUAAUAUAAGAUUGUGCAUACUUUAGAUAUAAACAUAAGCUUUAUUUAAAUAGAGGGUUAUUAAUUUUUAUUUAAGUGAAAUCAGGUUUAAUUUCUAAGAGUCAAAAUACAGUGAUUUAAAGUGAAAAUGUUGUAAAUAAUAAUGGAUGAGCAAACAACUAAUAAUCCCAAUUUGUAUGGGUUUAAUAGUUCUCCUGUCCAUAACUCUAACCCAACCUCAUCACCUUUUUGUACGAGAAAUCCAAUACUUGCCAGUCAGAACUUCAGAAGUAGACAUUUAUACCAGUCAACUGAUUCUGCCAAAAAUGAUCUUAAAGACCAUGAUUACAAACACAACUCAUCAUAUUUGACAUUAUCCCCUCAGACAUAUGGAACUUCUUCCAGGACAAGAUCUUACAGUACUCAAACAUUAACCGGUACCAUCACUCCAAGAAGGGGAUCUUUCAGCAGGGGAGAUUCUACCAAAGAUGAUCUAAAUGAUGAUGAGCCUAAACAUAACUUAUUGUAUUCACCGACAUUAUCCCUUCAGACAUAUGCAGCUUCUUCCAGGAAAGGAUCUUACAGUACUCAAACAUCAACCGGUACCAUCACUCCAAGAAGAGGAUCUUUCAGCAGAAGAGAUUCUAGCUGUUCACUUCCCUGCAGCAUGUAUGCAACAGAUUCAUUGUCCAAUUGGAAGGAAUAUCAACCAACAAAUGAUGUAUACCUUCUGAGUAAAGCAUUUGAUAACCUCAUCACUGAAGGACAUUCUGGAAGAAAGAUCACACUAGACAUAACUAGGAAAGAUUCAUCAAGUUCAGGUUAUAACACUGAUAGAAAAGAUUCUUUUCAAGAUUAUGAAAGGCAACAAAGUUUACUCUCUCCGCAGUCAAGUCUUGACCUUGGAUGGAGAAAUGAAUCCUUUCCUAGUUCUCCUCUAUGCACCAAUCCAAGCUCUCCAUUUUUCAAUAGCUCUGGAAGCCAGUACAGAGUAGCUGAUCAGUUCUGUCCUCAACCCUACAGGAGCAGAAGAAAUUCUUAUUCUUCACUUCCUUCAUCACAUCUUCCUUAUCCGUCAGCAUUUCUUCCAAACCCAUCUCUUCCUCCAUUAUCUCCAACAAUGUUUGGAUCCCAGCUUUCAUUGAACUCUCCCAGUCAGAGACACAGACGAGUAUCUUCUGGAUCCUUAUAUCAAGCUCGACUUGAUCGAAGUAACUACCUCAAGUUCACUAUGGCUAACCUUAGAUCAGCCAAGUUCUCUGCAGGGUUACCCAGAAAGGAUGAGACUGUAAAGACGACCAGAAACUCGUAA